AAUUAGUAUGAAUUCUUUAGAGGAAGCCAUACAAAAUCUUGAUAAAAUUUUAGCUCAUAUUCUAAUUGAAUAAGAUUUAAGACUAAAAGGAAUCUAAAUAGGACAUGGUUGGAAAUAAUUAGCUGUAAUUAAAGAAGCAAUUACGAAAUUGUAUUUUUUAGAAAGAAGAAAAUAUAAUAAAAAACUUUCUGAGUUGGAAAAUCGAUUAAUUUAUUAUGAAGACAAUUAUAUUUCAGAAGUGGAAUUAAAAUUAGUAAAUACAAAUUAUAUUUAAGGCUUUAGAAGAUGUUUAGAAGGUUAAUGAAUUACUUAAUAACUAUAAAACUUAAUUAAUUAUAGAUAAGAGAAAAGAAAUAGAAGAAAAAUUAUAAAUUCUUUAAGUAGAACUUAAAAGAAUUUAUGAAAAAAACAAAAAUAAAAAUGAUAAAAAAUGGAUUGAAAUGAAUAGUUAAAUAUCUGGAAUUUUGUAAUUAAUUUUAAAUGUAUUAAAUUCAAAAGAUAAUGCUGAAUUUAAAGAAUAAAGAGAUCAAAUGAAUUAAAUCUUAAAAACUGUUUAUGUACAAAAAAGAAUAAAAGAAGAGGAAGAAGAGUAAUUACUAAAAAUAGCAGUAGAAAUGGAAACACUUAAAAAUUUAUAAAGGGAAUUAGAUAAAUAACUUGAAAAAGAUUAGGAAAAUAUUGAUAAAGUAGAUAAUAAAUAAGGAACUUUGUAAAAUAAUUAAGAACAUAAUUCUCAAGAAUUUAAUAAAGCUUAUCAAUUUGUAUAAAUGAGAAGAAGACAAAAAGUUAAAUUAUUUUUUUAAGGUUUAUUCACUUAUAUUGGUAGUUGGGGAGGUAAAAUUGGAGCAAUUUUUGGUUUUGGAGUAGGAACUACUGUAGGAAAUAAAAUUAGUGAAACAGUUACAAAAUCAUCAAUUAAUUGA